UUCCAUCCCCCUGAUCUCUCUGCUUUCUUUCUACUGCACCAAGAUGCUUCCCUGGUUUCUUUCAGCUUUGUUCGUCCUUUCUUCCUUUUUCUCGCAUGGCUAUGCACAGCCUGCUCAAUGUCCCCCAGCACCAAGAUGUCCUCUAAUAUCACCACCACCUCCUCCCAAACCUUUAAUCAAUUUCACCCGUCCUCGACCGCCUUUGUACCCACCUUCGCUCAAUCUUAUGCCGCGCCAGCCUCGGAGAAAUCCCGGACCCUUGUCAAACCGAGCUAGAAUUCUGUUCAUCACUCAGGAGCUCAAAAGGAAUAUCACCUACGACCCAAAUAACUAUACUCAUACCUGGGUUGGGAAAAAUUACUGCGUCUUCAAAGGUUUCUAUUGCGAUACCGUACCUGAUCUGAACAUCACCGGACUCGCCGGCAUUGUCUUCAAUGGAGCAAGAUUUGGAGGUCGUUUCUUGAACUUUUAUCGCUUUAUCCGUAAUUUACCGGACAUAGCUAUCUUCCAUGCAAACUCCAACAACUUUAGCGGCGUAAUCAAUCGGAACCUCAACCAGUUACGCUACUUGUAUGAGCUCGAUCUGAGUAACAACAAGUUCUUGGGAGGAUUCCCAGCGAGUGUCCUUGGUGCCACGAAUCUGACCUUCGUGGACCUCAGGUUUAAUACUUAUGCAGGAACGGUCCCGCCUCGGUUAUUCAAUAUGGACACAGAUGUGUUGUUCAUCAACAACAAUGGAUUCAACAAGACGAUUCCUGCCACAUUGGGGAACACGCCGGCACUCUUCCUCACCCUCGCUAACAACAAAUUCACCGGUCCCAUCCCUCGCAGCAUUGGCCGAGCUUGGAACACCCUGCUCGAGGUGUUGUUCUUGAACAACAGAUUAACCGGCUGUCUCCCUUUCGAAAUCGGCUACUUGAACAAGACGACCGUGUUCGACGUUGGAGGGAACCUCUUGACAGGUCCGAUACCGCAGUCAUUCGGGUGCAUGACGAAGCUGGAACUGCUCAACCUUGCUCAUAACCAGUUCUAUGGGGCCAUUCCCGAGUCCUUGUGCAGGCUUCCGAACGCGUACAAUUUCUCGCUUUCUUACAACUAUUUCAGCCAAGUCGGCCCGGCGUGCAGGAAGCGGAUUAGGGAAAAAAGGCUUGACGUGAGGAGGAACUGCAUUACUGGGCUUCCGCAGCAAAAGUCAGCCGUUGAGUGCUCGCGUUUCUUCUCGAGAAAUACUCGAAGCUGCCCGAGAGAGAAUACUUUCAACAUCGUUCCCUGUACUGGGGUAAGUAAUACUGCGGCGGCGUCCUUGGAAGAAGAAGAAGAAGAUGAAGAAGGUGUGGUCCUUACUACCAUUGAUGAAAUGACCCCUCCAUCACCGAAAACCUACGCCGCACUCGCGAAGCCUCAUCAUUGAUGAUAAUAAUCGGAUGGUAGUACGUAUGCAUGCGUAGUAUGUAGUACUGAGCCAGUUCGUAAAGCCUAAUUAGGACGUAGAAUAAAGUUGUCGUCUGAGUUUAUCAGCUUUGCAUGUAAUUACCAUUUUUUUUUCGUGAAUGUUGAUGCAGGAGAUCAGCUCAUGCAUGUUCUCGAUCUGCAUGCUCCUCA